CAUAACUGGAGGAGACAGGAAGAGUGAAGGAAGCCAUCUUGGUUCCACUUUGACAUAUCAGUGUACACGACGACUUGAGAGCCCGAGAUAAGUUUUUUUUGCGGGGGGGAGCGAGGCAAGUCCGUUUUAGAAGGUAAAACUGCUUGUUGACAGUAAAGUUAGGGUCUUACAGAGGGCAGAGUCUGGAUGUCCAGCUUGGAAACAGAAAGAACUUAAGAGGUCCCCUCAAGAAAUAUCCUCAAGACCUCCGUCUGCUGAGCCCUGACGAGGACAUACGAUGAGCGCUGGACGUGUCCCAUCCAGGUCAGAGGUCAUGGAGUGGAGCCCUCAGCAGCUGGCUGAGUACUUGAGGAAGAUGAACCUGUCCGACUGUGAUCGAACCGUGUUAAAGAACUCCAUCAAUGGAAUUCGAUUUGUGAAUCUGAGUGAAAAUGACUUGCAGAAAUUCCCCAAACUUCACACACCGAUUAUUUCGAAGCUCAGCGCUGACAUCAGCAAGAAGGAAGAAAGACGAGGCCUGUUUGGUAAAAAAACCAUCACACCUAAAUUUCACGAAGCAGCAGCUCUUGAAGUUCACGGUUUGGGCGACAAUAAUUCCGACGAGGACGACAUUAACGAUUACGAGAGUCCAAACAGCGGCGGCGAGGACGACGACGGCAGCAGUCACAGCGAUUAUGAGAUCCCAAACGAUGACAUGGAGGGGGCUGAUCACUACGAACUUCCUCCCUCUGAACCCUCGGAGGACCUUGCCCACAAACUACGUACAGCGCUGCCCCUCAGAGAGGCGGAUUACAUCGAUAACAGGGAUCAACAUGUGCCCCCUAGAGGCCCACCCCCUGCUGUUAGUCCCCGCCUACCUGUUGUGCCACGCCCAACACUGUCGCCUCGCAUGCCAGGUAGAGAUCACUCACCGCACUCUAGUAGACGACCAUCGGAGAAGUUGCUGCCGGGACCACCGCAGAUCUUCCGUGGCAACAAACCGGGCCGGAAUUCAUCUCCCGCUCGAGUUCCCAAUGUUGCAGAGAAGCCAGGCAAACCCUCUCGGAGGCCUCAGGUGGAUGUCCCAGAUCCUCCCAGUAGGUCCAAGCCACCUCCUCCUCGUCCCUCUUCCGCCUCGAUCGGAAGGAGCAACUCCUCCGUCGGGCCUCCUCCCAACAGGUUUGACGGAAUGAGGGAGCAAGCACACAAUGACGCACCAAAGUUUCCUCUCCUUCAUAAAAACCUGGCCCCCUGCCCGACACCGCCCGGCCGCCGCGGAGACAGCUGUUUGCCCUCUGGUGUCACUUCUGUCGGGUCCCUGCCUCUCAGUGUUCACUCAGCCCCCAACGUUGAAGGUUGGGAUGACGACGAAUUUGAUGACGAAGAGUACGCUGAUGACUACGAGAAUCCAAACAGCGGCGAUGAGGGCAACGUUAAGAGCGACAGUGACGACUCGCCGAAUGAUAACUCGGACUGGGCCGACAAUUACGAACCUCCUCCCUCUGAACGCUCAGAGGACUUCAACCACAAGCUGUGCCCCGCCCCUCCCCUUGGAGAUGGCGAUUACGUCGAUAAUAGGGAUAAACGUGUGUCAACAAGAGGCCCACCCCCUGCUGUUAGUCUCCGCCCACCGGCUGCCUCUGUCCCGCCACUGUCACCCCGAAUGCCAGGUGAGUCGUUGGCCAGUAGAGAUCACUCCCCGCACUGUGCUAGACAACCAUCAGGGAAGUUGCUUCCAGAACCACCGCAGAUUUUCCGUGGCAACAAACCAGGACGAAACUCGUCUCCCAUUCGAGGUCCCAACACAGAGGAGAGGCCGACCGUACACUCCAGAAGGCCUCAGGUAGACGUCCCAGAUGCUCCCUCAAGGUCCAAACCCGCUCGACCUCCUCCUUCUUCUUCCUCUGUGUCCAUCGGCAAGAGCAGCCCGUCCUUCAGGCCUCCUCCCAGCAGGUUUGAUGGUAUAAGAGAGCAACCACACGGUGAUGCACGCAAACACAACACGUUUCCCCUCCUCCAGAAAAAUGUGGGCCCCCGCCCUGCACCACACAGCCGCCAGGGAGACAGUUUACCUCCUGGUGCCACCUCUGUCGGGUCACUGCCUCUCAGUGUUCACACUGGCUAUGUGGAUGAUAGGAGCAACUUUGCCGGAUCGGACCGCUUUCGUUCUCCUCCACAAAAACCUGCAUCAAAACAGGGCUUGGAUCCUCGCUGGUAUGUUGGUAAAGUGACGAGAAGUGAGGCUGAAGGGUACUUCAAACAAGUCAACAAGGAUGGGGCGUACUUGGUGAGGGACAGCUCCCACAAGCAGUCUAAUCAGCCCUAUACACUGAUGGUACUGCACCAGAACAAAGUGUACAACAUCCAGAUCCGACAUCAGGACCAGCAGUUCCAACUCGGAACCGGACUCAAGGUUCAAGAGUCUUUCCCGACGGUGUGUGACAUCAUCAAACAUUACUCCCAGUGUCCUCUCCUCCUCAUCGACGCCAAAAAGCGCAGCCACGGCCAACAGAACCAGUGUCUACUUUCAGAUCCAGCCAAGAAUUACAUGAGCGGACCGUAAUGAUCUCACCAAGACUUAACAGUAUCCGAACAAACUAUUGUAAAUUCCGAUGUAUAAGCCACACCCACUAAAUUUUAAUUUUUACAUGCAAUAUACAGUAAACCUCGGAUAUAUCGGAUUCAAUUGUUCCUACUGGUUUUGUCCGAUAUAAGCGAAAUCCGUUAUAUGCGUAUACCGGAAAAUGUCCGUUUUACGCAUAUAUCGGAUUUAUAUCCGGUAUAUGCGUAAAUCGGAUUUUAUCCGUUAUAAAAAGGCACUUCCUUGACUAUGUUUCCAAUGUACCUGGACGCGCAGGCAACGCUGCAAACGCUGCAAAUGACGUCGUAUAGCGGCCUGUCACGAUUCGGCAAAUCGGAGCGCCACGAUGCGGCCAUUCGAUAUAUGCAAUGAAUUUUUAUUGGAAAUGCAUUACAGAAAAAUUGGUUCUUUUUUAUCUGUCCGUUGUGAGCGAAUUUCCGAUAUAUCCGAGUCCGAUAUAUCCGAGGUUUACUGUACAAGCAGUCCAUGUCCUAAACUGGCAUAUUGUGGCGUUCCGUGAGCAGCAGGCAGCACUUUAUUUGACAGGAGCUAAUCAUGAAAAACUCAUUAUGAACUAGUCAACCCCAUUGGGGUCAAAAGGUAUACCGGGGGAAUAUACAAACAUGUACCAAUAUGAGUUUUAAAUUUUUUUUUAGUUUUCUCAUAUUGUAUUGCGUCUGAGCAAAGCAUUCAAUUGGAGGACAAGUGGCGUAGAAAAUGGCUGGAUGGCGCUGCACUGCUGCCUUUGUCUACCAGAGGGAGGCUGACAUCAUUGCAGCACCCUGGCAGGCAUUAUGUGAAAAGACUGUUACUAUACUAUAUUGAGCAAUGACCUGCUGCCAUUUCCAAUGGGUUUACAAGCUGGUUGUGAGUGCUUGUGAUUGGCUCCUGUCUUUCCUCACUGACUCGCAAGCGACACAGUACAGUAUUUAAACCAGUAAAGGAGAUGUGACAAGAUUAGAACUCGACCAUAAAUUAGCCGCACCGCUGCAUAAGCCACAGGGUUCAAAUGUUUUCUUGUAAGUAGUGGCUUAAACACUGGAAAUGAUGGUAGUUGUUAAUGUGGCCUUUGGAUUUGUUGCUUCUUUUGUUCAAAUGACCAUCAUUAAGACAUAUUUCAUUUUUUUGACAUUGUAAUGGAAUGUUUUACUGCUUUGGUCCUGUUUUCACUUGAGUAAUA